AUGGCUGCGGAAGAGCUGCUUGAUCCAGCAGUGCCUGAAUUAUCAGAGGAAGUCCUACACGAGUCGAUUGACGCCCGAACAGAGUCGCUAGCAACACUACGAGAGCUGGGCCCGCCGGACCUGGUGCAUCUCGUAAAGCAGUCCACGCGCGAUGCGCGGAAGCAGACCGGCGUCUACCAUCAUGUUACCGGUGUAGAUGCGUCGUCUUCGGCCAGUCUUGCAGCCUACAUCAAUACUCUGACAUACGGGGACCACAGCCCGAACGCAGUCAGCAAGGUCGUCGCGGGUGUGUUUUGCUGCUACAAUGCCUUUUCAAGAUUGGACAUGCGGGUGCACGUGUCUUACCCCGGAACGGUCGAGAGCUAUUGCGUUGACGAGCGAGGCGACAAGCGAAAGGCUUCGGAUGAUAUGUGGCUAGAGACAUAUCUUUGCAGCGUCCUAAGGGCUUAUUCAUAUGCCGAUGAUGGCAGCGGGAGCAGUAUUCGCAAAAUCGUCGGCGUCCGAAGAUUCAACCCUGUUACAAAAACCGAAACCGAGCAUCGCUUCCUUAACGCGGCCGAACAGCUCUUCUUUAGGGGUUGGCAAUUGGGAUCUGAUUCCAUCGUCCAAGUUCCCACGAAUGUAUCAAAUCAUCUGACUACUGGGCUGCUAAAGUACCUCGAGACAACAGGACGCUAUGCAUCUGGGAUCAAUCUUUUUGAGAAGCUUCGUACUCAGAGUGUCGAAGUCGCCUCUUUGCUGGCAAAAGUGCUUUUCAUGGGUAACGAGGAAGUUUUGGGAGUCAAAAUUCUGCACGAAUCUCUUCAGCACACUCCGAUGGAUUACGUUAUGCUUGACACUCAGGCCGAUUUUCUGCUAAAGAAAGCCCAAAAGGCCGACACACCGGAGGUGAAAGAGGAGAGACUGAAAAUGGCUCUUGGAUGUGCUGACCGCAGCACGAUAGCUGCUCCGAGCGAGUUCAGUACUUGGGCCCGUUUGGCCCAGGUAUACGUUGCGAUGGAAGACUGGGAAAACGCCUUGACUAUACUCAAUUCUUGCCCCAUGUUUACCUACCAAGACAAGGAUUCUCCCAUGAUGCCCGAGCCGAGGGAUGUUCACCUCCCUACUAUGCCUGAGACUCGCCUGGACGAGAUUGACAGCGAGCCUGAGUCAAGAUACUCAGAGCAAGUCGAUCCGAGCCUGCUGAACCUGAGGGCGGCGUCUUAUCGCGGCACAUUCAAGAAAGCGUACGGCAUUUUGACGGAAAUGACAGCCAAGAUCGGCUGGGAUCAGCUUCUCAAGAUACGCAGCAACGUCUUCGUCAUGGAAGACGAAUACCGCACCGAGAAGCAAGAAGCUACCCAAGCUGCUCAGCCAAAACGCACUCCGAGUAUGGACGGCCUCAGGGGCACGCCAGACCCUACCAACAAUGGAGAUGAAGGUUCAGAUGAUGAGGGCGAGAAGUCCUCCGAAGCCGCAACUACACUGGUUCCCAAUGGAGAAGGCAGUGGAGUUGAAAAACCUUCCAGUACAAUUGAUCCAGAAGAGGUCAAGGCCGAUACAACUGAAAACGGCACCCAUGCUGAUGACCACCUCUCCAAACUUAAUACGAAACGGUUAUGUGAGCGUUGGCUUGAUAGCUUGUUCAUGGUCCUGUACGAAGAUUUGCGUGUGUACACAAUCUGGCGCACGCAAAUGGCCCAGUAUCGCGCCCAGCAAAUGCAGUAUAAGAAAUCGGCAGAAGAGUGGGAGAUUCUUGGCUCGCUCGCGGAGCGACUGCAGCACUUUGACGAAGCAGCCGAGGCAUACCGGGCUUGUCUUUCCCUGCGCUUCAGCCCCAAGGCCUUGACCGGCGUCAUGCGCGUCUUUGAAAAGACCAAGAGCACGAGGGACACAGUGGCCGCACUGAUUAGACUUGUCACUUGGCAGUAUAGGUGGUACAGCCAGUUCAGCCCGGAGCUGCUGCGCACCAUGCGCAUAUUGAUCGAGGACGAGGGGGCCUUGAAGCUAAGGACGUCACCGCGGGGCAGCUUUUCUACCUUCUUUGCUACUAAAAAUUUGACCCGCCAAGCUCCUGUCAACCUCAUUUCUAAGCAUCCUGACUUGGGUUUCUCUCGGCGCAUCGGUUUACGACGUAGAAAAGCCUAUCAAAUCAGUCUCCAGAAUGGCCUCAUCAUCGACUGGCGGCGCACCGUCGAUUUCGGCGACGUCGCCUCCCGCCAUUGUCUGCGUAGGCAUGGCAGGCAAGCCUUCACUCCCUCAAGCUGUCCAACAUCGCAAAUAUCUAACACCCUUGUCUUGCAAAAUAUAGGCUCGGGCAAGACGACUUUUAUGCAGAGAAUCAACGCGCAUCUUCACUCAAAGAACACACCGCCCUAUGUCAUUAACCUGGACCCCGCGGUUCUCAACGUUCCCUUCGACAGCAACAUCGAUAUUCGAGACUCGGUCAAUUAUGAAGAAGUCAUGAAGCAGUACAAUCUAGGACCCAACGGAGGCAUCUUGACGUCGCUAAACCUCUUCGCCACAAAGGUCGACCAGAUUGUCAACUUACUGGAGAAGCGCGCCAAGCCCGACCCCGAACACCCGGAGCGCAAGCCCAUUGACCGGAUCCUCGUCGACACCCCUGGCCAGAUUGAAGCUUUCGUAUGGUCUGCUUCAGGAACCAUUCUUCUCGAAUCUCUCGCAUCAGCCUUUCCUACCGUUAUUGCCUACAUCAUUGAUACCCCGCGAACUGCUUCAACGUCUACAUUCAUGUCCAACAUGCUCUACGCCUGCUCCAUUCUAUACAAAACAAAGCUACCUAUGAUCCUCGUCUUCAACAAGACUGAUGUCAAGGAUGCUUCAUUCGCCAAAGAGUGGAUGACGGACUUUGAAGCAUUCCAAGAAGCUCUGCGCCGCGACGAGAACUCUGAUACAUUCGGCGGACAAGAAGGGUUCGGAAGCGGUGGCAGCGGCUACAUGGGCAGCCUGCUCAACUCGAUGAGCCUGGUGCUGGAGGAGUUUUAUUCAAAUCUCAGUAUGGUGGGGGUCAGUUCAAGAAUGGGAACUGGCAUCGACGAGUUCUUUGAGGCUGUGGAAGAGAAGAGGAAAGAGUUCUUGGAGGAUUACCUGCCCGAGCUGGAACGACGACGAGAAGAGCGAGAGGAACGAAAGAAGAAGACUCGCCAGGAGGAGCUGGACAAGAUGAUGCAGGGCAUGUCUGUUGUCGCCAACGACGCAGCGGAGAGGAAGCCUAUCCAGGUCAAUGACGACGACGUGGAUGUCCCCAGCGAUGCCGACUCUGGCGAUGACGACGACGACGACGAAACGACCAAGGAGGGCCUGCAGGCGAGGUACGCCGCUGCUAUGGAUGGCAAGGACGAAGGCAUCUUGGGUGACGCGAGUUUUGCCAAGUACUUGCACACGCAGCGGUAA